UGACGUCGAUGCUGUCUGUCCACGGCGGCGAUGGCGCACACGGACCAGUCUCUGCUGGACCUGACGGACAGGGACACCCGCGAGAAGCUGUCGCUAUGGGACCGCCGCACGGACGCCACGGCUCCUCUGACGGAGAAACAGAUGGACUCGGUGCUGGAGGUCCGAGCGGCUGCAGACACGCUGCCGGUUCCCUCCGAGCUGCCCAUCGAGGACUUGUGCAGCCUGUCGUCUCGGUCCUUGCAGUCCCCGUUCACGGCCACCGUGCCCGCUUCCACGGAGGACGUCCUUCUCAAGGGUUUCCAGAUGCUGGACAUGGAGAAUGACAGGAUAGAAACUGCUCAGCAGUUUUUUGCCUGGUUUGCCAAGUUGCAGGCAAACAUGGACCAGGAUGAGAACGCAAAGUACAGGAGAACAAGAGAUGAUCUAAACUGCUACCAGGAACAUUGUGAUGCUAUUUUGAAAGAUGUCAGUACUGCUCUCGAGCACCUGGACUCCCUUCAAAAACAAUACCUAUUUGUGUCCAAUAAGACUGGAGCUCUACAUGAGGCCUGUGAACAGCUCCUAAAAGAACAGUCGGAGCUUGUUGAUUUGGCAGAAAGCAUUCAGCAGAAACUGUCAUAUUUUAAUGAGUUAGAAAACAUAAACACGAAACUGAACUCCCCAACGUUAUCUGUAAAUAGCGAAGGCUUUAUACCGAUGUUAUCCAAAUUGGAUGACUGCAUCGAAUAUGUUUCCUUGCAUCCCAAUUUUAAGGACUAUCCCGUUUAUAUGGCCAAGUUCAAGCAAUGCCUCUCUAAAGCUAUGCACUUCAUGAAGGUCCACAUCGUAAACACUAUGCAGCAUCUCACCAGCCAAUUAACAAAAAGGGAUCCAAUGGGCUUGACUAACAUGGACAAUGCUUUUACACUUUACUACGUUAAGUUUAGAGCGGCUGCACCUAAAGUCAGGUCACUGAUUGAGCAGAUAGAGCAGCGAGCUGAGAAGAUUCCAGAAUACAAUCAGCUCCUUGAUGAAAUCCAUCAGUGCUAUCUUGACCAGAGAGAGCAGCUGCUCAGGCCCUGCAUCACAUCCACCAUCACUGACUUGACCAGCCAAAACAGCAAAGACCACUGCGCUCUGGUACGCAGCGGCUGUGCCUUUAUGGUUCACGUGUGUCAGGAUGAACACCAGCUAUACAACGAGUUCUUCUCUAAACCUACACUAAAACUUGACGAGCUGCUGGAGAAGUUGUGUUUGUCACUGUAUGAUGUCCUCCGGCCGCUCAUUAUCCACAUCAUCCACCUGGAAACCCUGUCUGAGCUCUGCAGCAUCCUUAAGAACGAGAUGCUCGAAGACCACGUCCAAAACAACGCUGCACAGCUGGGAGCCUUUGAUGCUGUGGUGAAGCAAAUGCUGGAGGAUGUUCAGGAGAGGCUGGUCUACAGGACUCACAUUUACAUACAGACUGAUAUCAUAGGUUACAACCCAGCUCCAGGGGAUCUGGCAUAUCCUGAAAAACUGGAGAUGAUGGAGAAAAUUGCCCAGAGCUUGAAAGAAGAGCAGAUGAAGCAGAUGUCACAAGAAUCCACGUUUUCUGAUGUACAGCUUGAAGAUGCUGACGGUAGAAGAAACAGCAGUGUCGCCAGCGUAGAGGCAUCUCGUCUCAACACAUCUGUCUCUCCCGCGGAUCUGCACGGCAUGUGGUACCCGACUGUCAGGCGAACGCUGGUUUGUCUGUCCAAGCUUUACAGAUGCAUAGAUAGAGCGGUAUUCCAGGGUUUAUCUCAAGAAGCCUUAUCGGCUUGCAUCCAGUCGCUGCUUAAAGCCUCUGAUAUCAUCCUUAAAAAUAAGACACAAGUAGAUGGGCAACUUUUCCUGAUCAAGCACCUGCUGAUAAUGCGUGAACAGAUUGCCCCAUUUCACACUGAUUUUGCCAUCAAGGAAAUCUCACUGGACCUGAAAAAAACACGAGAUGCCGCCUUCAAAAUCCUGCACCCUAAGGCUGUUCCCAAAUUCUUCCGACUCAAUAGUCACAAUGCCAUACUUGAAUUCCUGUUGGAGGGAACACCGGAGAUAAAGGAGCACUACAUCGACUCAAAGAAGGACGUGGACCGGCACCUGAAGUUCAGCUGUGAGCAGUUUAUCCAACAGCAGACUCAGAUCUUCGUGGGGAACCUUGAGGAGUUUCUCACCAAGGUCGCAGCCCUAAAGACGAUGGCAAUCCAAGGCGGCCCGACGUACAGCCUGUCUCAGCAGCCUUGGGCGCAGCCAGCAAAGAUCAACGAUAUAGUGAUGGCUACCUACCGGGUGAUGAAGAGCAAGCUGCCAAGCACUUUACAGAGCAUGUCCUUGUACUUGGCCAACAGAGACACAGAGUUCAUCCUUUUCAAGCCUGUCCGGAAUAACAUCCAGCAGGUAUUCCAAAGACUGCAUGCCUUGCUUCAGGAGGAAUACAGCGGGGAAGAUCUUCAAAUCAUCGCGUGUCCAUCAAUGGAGCAGGUUAAUUUACUUCUGUCGGUGAAUAAGUAAUGUUUGGUGAAGAGACGCUGGUGAACACCCUCUGGACAAGCGAUAAGAAGCUGCAGCUACCGCCAUGACCCCAAGCUGUGAGGUUGAGUAGGCGAGAUGACCAGAAAAACUGCGCCCGUGCUGCCUUCUGGACCACAAAUCCUGAACUGAUGGCAUUAAAGAAAAAAAAAGAAAAGAAAUCUCGCACGAGGCCCAAAAAUGUUUCGAUAGAGGUGUCGGUAUUCAUGUUGAAGCCUAUAACGAUCCGGGAGGUGCAGAGUAACUUAUAGGGGUAUGAACUGAUCAUUUUAUUUAACUAAAAACUGCUGUUUUGGUCAGGGUUGCUUUCACAGUUUCAUCUCUUGACACCAAAUCGUUGGGGAUAAGGAGAAUUUGCACUCUAUGUGAAGGUGGGGUGGAGAUGGUUCAGACAAGGACACAUCCGGACAAAUCAGAUGCACGUGUCGCCCUACUGAGCAGCGGCUCUUCAGCCAGGAAGCCCAAGACCAGGAAGAAGAGAAAUGCUGCAGGAUAUCAUAUUCCUUUAUUUGGAGUCUUUGUAAAACUCUCAGUAGAGCUGGAUGACGACGUGUGCUACAGGUGACUCGGGUCCGACGACUUUCCCAAUCAAAUCGCAGCACGUCCUUGUCGCUGCUUCUUAAACCUUUUCAUCCACCACGUUCUUGUGAUGGUCUGAUAUUUUAUUGAUGUGUAAAAAGAUAAGGGACUCUUAUGUUUUAUACUUUCUUUCUUUUUUUUCUAUAACCAGACAGAUUAAAAAUAAGUAUGCAUUUGCUCUUGUACAGUAAUGCACAAUGUUCAUAAGUGUUUGAUCCUCACAGAGUAACAAAAGAAACAUCAUCAUCAUACAUAUGCUUUGGUGUGUCCCAUGUAAAGAUGACGUGUAAAGGUAUUCUAUUUAUGGACUUUCUGAUUAAAAAAGGUUAAUGCUCUUUG